AUGGCUGAGGAAAAGCCCGAACACGCUGCCAACGAUUGCUACGAGGCGCUGCUCGACCUCAAGAGCAUUUUCCCGUCAUGGAGCGACGCUCAGGACAACUUCCACUUCCACUGGAGAGAUAUACUCGCUGCGACCACGAAAGGGAAGGAGGAGGAGCAGGAUACAAUCGGAUUCUACAGGGAAACUCUCAAGGAGCUGAUCGAAUCCAAGGGUGAAGGAAUCACGGCGCAGAACGCCGUGGAACUCAUCACGCGACUCGACACCCGCAGAAAGGAACGCGAUGACACGUUCGAGCAGUACAACAUCGAGAGCAUGCUUAGCAAGGACACCAGUGCGAUAAGGCCGAAGCCCCCGGUCAAAAAGCAAACGGUGCAAAGGCGGCCAGCCGCCGAGGUGACGGCAGACGUCGUGCCGGAAGGCGGCCACGUCUACGGCACCCGAACGCGGUCCAGGCGCCUGCAGGCCCAGGAUAGCGAAAACGGCCAAGGCGGAAAGCUGGAGUACAGCUCGUCCGGGUUCGGCACGCACCUCAGGAAGGGAUUCUUCUCCGACUACGUCUGGGACUUCCUGGUACCGACCGGCGAGGAGAACGAAUACGACGACGAAAUCGACCAGAGCGUUGUAGCGGCGACGGACGACGACGACGACGAAGAACACAGCGCCAGGAAAACGAAGCGGUCGCGCAAGUGA